UAGCCGCCUUCGCUGUCUCUCUCCGACGGUGGCUCCAGCGUUGCUUUCAGCCCUCGGCCGUCGUCUCGCAGUCUCCAUUUCGUAAUGCGUUGAAAUUAAUCGCUCUGAGCCAUUGCUGCCACUUCCCGUCUUCAAUGGGUUCCAUAUUCUUUGCCACACAAAAGACCUAUCAACUCUGAGUGAGAUACAAGGAUGAUUGAAGGUGAGAGCAGUAGAGCCAAUGAAAAGAAAAUAGAUGAACUGGUUUAUUGCAUGUCAAGGGAGCUUAAUUAUCAAUGGUCACUGAGUGACACCAUUGGUUCUCAAGCGUACGUUAUCUAUAAAGUUCCUCAAAUCAUCCGCGAAUUGGAUAGGAAUGCUUACGCGCCUAUUAUUCUCUCCAUAGGUCCGUAUCACCAUGGAACUCCAGACCUACUAGCCAUGGAGAAGGAGAAGUGGUAUUGCCUGCAUUACAUUCUUAAUUUGAAUCCUGAAAAGAAUUUGCAGGAUUAUGUAAAUGUAAUUGUGGGACUAGUAAAUCAAGCAAGAAGCUAUUAUGCUGAGGAGGUUAAAAUGGAAGACGACAAGUUUGUACAGAUGCUCUUGGUUGAUGGAUCCUUCAUACUUGUGUCUCUUUACGGAAUGGAUGGAAUUGGAUUACCUUUGUCCGAAGAAUAUGGAGGCAAUGCUAAUUCCCAGGAAAUAGUGGAGGAAGAUAGGAAAGGACAAAUACAGAACAAAACAUAUGAGUCACUAAGCAUAGAGAAAAGGACUACAGAGGGCGCGCAGGCAAUGAAGGGUGGACAGGCAAACAAGGAUACAUCUUUGCUUGAGGUAGAAUUAACCCCGUGUGAGGCAAGCCAAAGAAACAACGAAAAUGAUAAAACAGAAGAAAAGGUGCAUAAACAAUGUCAAGAUAAUUCUGACCAGGUUGGUCCAUGGUACACCUACUUUGUAGCACACGACCUACUCCUGCUAGAGAACCAACUUCCUUUUUUCAUUAUCAAGAAAAUAUAUGAGCUAGUUGCAAGUAAAGAUGGUACAACUCCAUCUGUUGCAGACAAAAUUGCCAAACAUGUAGAAAUUAUGCUGCGCCACUAUCCAAAAGCAAUACAAGAAUCUGACAGGCCAAAAGAGUUCCACCAUUUACUCCACUUGUGUCAUAUGUACUUCAGACCUAGCCAGAAGGUGGACAAAGAGAAUCAGCACAAGUCAAAGCCUCAAUUCCUUUGCCGCUUUCUUCAUUUGAGCCUCAGAUAUUUCAAAUUAAGUAAUUGGUUGAAGGAAGACUAUAGAAACUUACUGCGCAACCAGCAGUCAGAUUCCCCUCAAUCUGGCCAGAAGCGUUGGCGCCGAGCAGUACAUUAUUAUGAAGCAGGAAUUGAAUUUGAAAGGAGGGAAUUUGAUAAACAAAAUCCCCAUUCUCUCUUGGACAUAAAGUUUGGCCUAAAGUUUGGGCAUGGUGUAAUGGAAAUUCCACGCUUAUCUAUCGACGCGAACACCGUCUCUCUUUUCAGGAACUUUAUCGCAUUUGAACAAACUUGCCCUCAAGUUGGAAAUGAGAUCACUACAUAUGUUGUUUUCAUGUCUCAGCUUCUCAGCAUGCCUGAUGAUGUCACGCUGCUUGCUCAAAGAGGAAUUAUUCUGCACCAACUGCGUAGCGAUAAAGAUGUCUCGACUCUUUUCACCAAGCUUAGUAAAGAUGUGGUCUUUGAUUUCAAUGCUAAUUAUUACCUGAAAUCUUUAUCUCAGAUGAUGGAAGCACACUACCAGAGUCGGCUGAAUAGGUGGAUUGCAUGGUUGAGGCAUAACCACUUUAGUAAUCCAUGGUUGGCCUUAGGAGCAUUAGCUGCUGCAAUCAUGCUUUUUUGCACUGUAAUACAAACACUAAUUGCCGUCUUCUCUUACACGAACCCGCCAGUGGAUGAUUCUUAA